AUGCCAUCGCAAUGGGUUCAGACCUACGAUGACUUCAUCACCAAGAAUGCGCACCAAGUGUCGCGCAUUGAAUCAACACUUCGAUCGCUGACUUACAUUAUUCCCGGCCGAUUCCGCGAUGCUGAAAUCGCCUCCGAGUCCAUCCACAGCGGCGUCCAACUCCUCUCCCUCUACCACGAUACCCUCCUCCGACGCGCCCACAAGCUCACCAAACUCCCCGUACCCCCUUCUCUCUCACAGCCACCCUCCCCCCACGGCCGCUACACGCGUUUCUGGACGCUCAAGAGCGGACUGUACCGGCGCGUGGCCUACGUGCUUCAAAUCGUACAUUAUGUCGAACUUCUGUGCGAGAUGGCGGCCAAGCGGCGCGGCGAGCGCGUCCGCUGGCGCGUGAUUGUGCUGCUCGAAGCCGUUAAGGCCAUCUGCAAGCUGCUGCUGCUGCGUAUCACGCGGUCGCGGCCGCUCGUCACGCCAACACUACCCGAGCGGGACCCGGUACCGGACGAACCGGAGGACGAGGAUGGACUGGAUUUUGGGGACCUGGGAGAGGAUGAUGAGGACCGGAGGAACGCCCAGGAUAGAUCAGCAUACGCGAACGGAAAUGGGAAUGCGAAUGGCGGGGGCGCGGAUCACGACAACAAAAACACCACCAACAACAACGGGGAAUGGGUCAUGUCCCGAACUGGCAUGAGUCUCCCAUCCCUCCCUGCCCCAGGCGAUACCAGCGAGUACCUCCUUUCCCGAGUCCUAACCGCCGACGACAUCAAACCCGCGCCCAAUCUCCUAAACCGCCUCCAGGGCCGCGCCCAAGCCGCCGAGAUCCUGCACAUCCUAGCACCCCUCAUCUUCGCCGUCGCCCUGGCACGGAGCCAAAACAAGCGCAAGGCGUGGACCCCCUGGCUAUUGGGCGUCGGCGCCGAGCUGGCCGCGCGCCAACUACGUGACCGCGGCCUGCGGACGACGCCGCUCGAGCGAGACGAGUGGUCGCGUCGCGGGUGGGGGAUGGGGUGGUGGGCGAUGCGUGGCGCCUUCUACGAGAAUGUCACCAAGGGUGUGGCGGCUGGGGUGCGUAGCCGGAUGCCUGGGAUGGUGGCGGGGAUUAUGGAGGAUUAUGAGUAUUUGUGGGAGAAUUACCAUUUUAGCACGACUUCAUGA